UACUCAAUUUUGUUUUCCUUCGUUGGGAUCUCUGAGACCGACAUCGAGGAGGCGAGGGAGAGAAGGGAGAAGGCAGAAGAUGGAUCCCGAUUCCUUCCGUUCGACGUUGUCCACCCUCAACUUUGGCAAUGUAAUGGCCGCUGCCGCUAGAGACUACCAGAAGGAAGUUUUAGCUAAAGAGAAGUCUCAGGCAACAGCAUCUAACAAUGAAGAAGUUGAUCUUGAUGAACUGAUGGAUGAUCCUGAGCUCGAAAAGUUGCAUGCUGAAAGAAUUGCUGCUCUUAAGAAAGAGGUUGAAAAGAGAGAAGUCCUCAAAAGGCAAGGUCACGGAGAAUAUAGGGAGAUAACCGAAGGGGAAUUUCUUGGGGAAGUUACCGGCAGUGAAAGAGUAAUUUGCCAUUUUUACCACCGGGAAUUUUACCGUUGCAAGAUAAUGGAUAAGCAUUUGAAGGCCCUAGCACCAGUGCACCUAAAUACAAAAUUUGUCAAGCUGGAUGCUGAAAAUGCUCCAUUUUUUGUGACGAAAUUGGCAGUUAAAACACUGCCUUGCGUUGUACUGUUCAGAAACGGCAUUGCCUUUGAUAGGCUAGUUGGUUUUCAAGAUCUUGGCGGCAAAGAUGAUUUCACCACCAGAGCUUUAGAAAAUCUUUUGAAACGAAAAGGAAUCAUCGAUGAAAAGAAACAGGAUGACGGUGAAGACGCUGACGAUGGAGAAGACCAUCACAAAAGUAGGAGCAUUAGGUCCUCUAAAAUGCAGGAUUCUGAUUCAGACUAAUCAGAAGACUAUACGAAGAUUAAUUUAUAUAGCUUUAUGCAUCUUUCAAGCACUGUGCUGUGUGAAAUCUCUUUUUGUAAGGUCAUGCCCAAUCUAUUUGUGUUCUCUCUUAUAAGACAAUUGAAAGGUUGAAGCUCCGGACUUUUCCACCAUGUUUUUUACCAAUACUUGAACACUUGGUAUUAUCCAUCCCGGCAGCUAAUAUUCCUUUCAUCUUGUUGUAUCUACUUUAUUGUUAAGAUUUUGUACAUUUACCGAGGAAUGGAAGGCAAAUCUUAGCAGUCUCAA